CAAAAUUCCAAACAAAAGAUGACACAUUCCAUUACUUCACCUGUUUUAACAUAAGAAGCAAUAGGUGUACGUGUUCUAGUAAUACUAUCUUGAGAUAAUACUCAGAUAAACUAUUGCAUUAACAUUUAUGAUUAAACUAAUUUGAAAAUAGGACGUGAUCGUUGUGAAAUUGUGAUCGAAACCUUUGUAUCAUGGGAGUGUACUGUGAAAUCAACCUGUGCAAGCCAGUGGAUGGAGUGUACACGCCAGGAAGCGCAGUUUCCGGCAAAAUAAAGUAUUGUUUAGAUAAAGAAACCGUUUUUAGUAAAAUAAUAGUGUCUCUGAAAGGGCAUGGAUGGCUGGCACUGGACGAUAACUUCGAGAUAUCACACGACCGACUCCAUUCAUACAGGAAUACUGAAGACUAUGUUGAUGUAGAAAACAUUAUUUAUGAAAAUGAAAAAGGAGAGCCAUUGUCCGCAGGAAGUUAUGAAACUGAAUUUAACUAUCAACUGCCGGAAAACAUUCCAGGUUCUUUAAAAUACUUGAAAAACAGCCCAGAAUAUACUGUUUGGUGUAAUAUAAAAUACUAUGUCUGUAUUAAGUUUGAAAAGCCAGAGCUACUGAGCUUCAACAAGCGUUACAAGAAGAAAAUCACUGUUGUUUCAGGAGUGACUCCAAGAUUGCCGACAGAACAACCUGUUUACGGAGAACAGACAAGUUUAUUUCAAUUAGGUUCUUUAUUUUCAAGCAAAAAGAGUAUUGUGAACAUUAAAGCGACCAUGGCUAACUCUGUCGUGAAACCUGGUGAUAGUGUGAAAGUUGACUAUGAAGUUGAAAACAAUACAAAUCUCACUUUAAAGGGAGUAGAGAUAAAACUAGUGGAAGUUGACUCCUUUACAGUUAAAGGAAAGAAAGACCCAAGGAUUGUUGAAGAUGUCAAAGACACUGACAUUAAAUAUGGUGCAAUGCAGAGCGGUGAAACCAAAACUUUCUCAGAUGAAAUUACUAUUCCAGACGGGCUUGCGUCUAUAGACCACUCAAAAAUGAUAGCCAGGGAUUAUGCGGUAGCUAUCACUGCUGUUAUUCCGAUGCCUCACCAUAACUUAGUGCUAGAGAUACCCGUACAAGUGAUUGAUAGACUUGAUGCUUCAGAAGCUAGUGGGUCAGCACCGCCUUCUUAUUGGGAGGCAAUGGGUGAGGAAAAGAAGGAAGUAUUGGGAGCGGGUGACAGUUCUGAUGAGGAGAAGGAGAAAUCUUGAAUUUAAGUCAUGAUAUUCACAUAUACUUAUUUUUUUAUUAGUUGCUUAUUGGACUUGCAGCAGUUCAGUCAAGUUCAAAUUUUUUUUUAUGUAAUUUAGCAGUAAAGAGAUCUAUAUUUUUUUAUUGCACAACAGUACAAAUAAAUUAAAUUCAUUUAAUUAAUUAGUAUGUAGUCAUAAUAGUUAUAAUGAUUUAAGAUUAAAUGCUGCCUUAAGAAAGUGUUACUAUUAAUAUAAGUUAAGUUUUAGAAGGUAAAAAUAGCAGCAUAAGAUCAACAUGGGUAAGUGUGUCUAGCCUUCAGAUUUGGCCAAUUUAAACAAUGAUUAGUGUUGUAU